AUGGGUAGCAUUUUAAGAAGUAUAUUACCGAUUCGUUCUUCAAAACAGGAUGAAGAUGAUGAUGAAUUCAAUCCGGAGUACUCGUUUGCCAUGGAGUAUACUGGUCCUCCAGUUUCUUACGAUAUUCCUAGGGCAGUUCCCGUUGAUGUUGCAUAUAUUCCAACCGCUUCAGUUGUCUCCACACCUUUUACUUCUGGUAAUCUGUCAUUACCAGUUAUUCAUCCUGUUAUUAAGAGAGAGCCUAAAUCAAUCUCCUCUGAAAUCAAGGAUACUUCUUUAGUAUCCGGUUUGAUUGUUCCUGAUACACCACCAGAGGGAGAGGGAAGUUCUGCUUCAUUAGGGUUUUCUGAUAGUCAAGAGAAUUCUCAAGAAUUCUCCAUGAGCUCAGAAGGUGAUGGUUUGGAUAACUAUUGCCAUGAGAUUGUAGAGUUGUGUAAUUCCAGUCAACAAGAUGAAAACCAAAAUGAAAGCCAUGAAGAGAUUUCAAGUUAUGAUAACAGAACUCAGUUUGUGGGGAUCAAUUACAAAGAUUGCACUGAUUUUUGGGUAGGUCCUGAUGGAUCAGUUCUAGAAGAGGGACAGAAACAAGUAAAGGGGAAUAUGUGGGAAAAGCCAGGAAUCAAGAUGGUGUGUUCUAUCUUGUCUUUGCCAAUGCCACCCAAAUCUUUUAUGUCAUCCGAGGACGAAACGGUCAACAAUGGCAGUAAAAUUAUGCAGAAAAACAUUGAUAUAAAACCGCUAACUAAAAUACUUUUAGUUGGUCAAGAUCAAUCUGGGACAAGUGCUAUAUAUAAACAGGCCAAGACUCUUUACAAAAUCCCAUUUUUGGAAAAUGAGCGUGAAGAACUCAAGUCUUUGAUACAAAGAAACUUGUAUCUUUAUAUAAGUAUUUUGCUCGAGGGGCUUAUAAAAUUUGAAGAAGAAUAUUCAAUACAAAUCAGGAACAAACUAGUUGAUCAACCUGGUACUUCAGCCGCAGGGGGUUCGAUUGAAAACAUAUAUUCCUUAAGUACAAAACUGAAAAAUUUCUCCGAUUGGCUUCUUGAAAUUGUGAAGUCAGGCAAUCUGGGAACUGUUUUUCCAGCUGCAACCCGUGAGUAUUCAGGGGUAGUUGAGGAAUUAUGGAAAGAUAAAGCAUUUCAAGCAGCAUAUGCUAGAAGAAGUGAACUUGGUGCAUUCCCAAUAGUUGCUGAUUAUUUCUUACCUCGGGCUGUUGAAAUCUCGAGUACAAAUUAUGAGCCUUCUGAUGUUGACAUUUUAUAUGCUGAUGGCAUUUCAUCUUCAAAUGGACUUACUUCAAUGGAGUUCUCAGUUCCCUCUUCAUUUACAAAUAGCUACAUGGAGGUUACUGAGCACAACAACCCUCCACUGCAAAGGUAUGAAUUGAUCCGAGUGAACUCAAGCAACCUAGGAGAUAAUUGUAAAUGGUUAAGCAUGUUUGAAGACGUUGACUUAAUCCUCUAUUGCGUUGACCUUACUUCCUAUGAUGAAUUUUACAUAGACAACAAUUUAAUGCUCAAGAACAAGAUGUUAGAAAGCAAAAACCUCUUCAAAACCAUGGUCACACAUCCAAGAUUCAAAGACAAAGCAUUCCUUUUAAUUCUCAACAAAUUCGAUCUUUUAGAAAACAAGAUUAAAACCAGACCACUCACGGAAUGUGAAUGGUUUCAUGAUUUCAAUCCGUUUAUAAGCAACCAUACAAACAAUAACAAUAACAAUAACAGUAACAAUAAUAAUGAUUCGUGUGUAGCACAGUAUGGUUUUCAGUAUGUGGCGGCUAAGUUUAAGAGGUUGUUUGGUGAGUUGACCGGGCGGAAAUUGUAUGUGACACCGGUGACCGGGUUGGAAGGGGAUAGUGUUGAUGCUGCUCUUAGGUAUGGGGGUGAGGUUUUGAGAUGGGUGGAUGAAGAAAAUAAACCUAAGUCUAGUAAUAAUGAGUGGUCUUCUGAAAGUGUGGAAACCAGUUCAUAAGGUGGUGAGAAUUCAUAAAUGAGGUCUCCCGUCUGGGUAUCACAUUUUUUUGUUAUGUAGAUAAUGUGAUUUACCUAUCAUUGUAUUUAUUGUUUUGUUUUUGAAGUAAUGGGAAAUUGUAAAAAAUGAUUAAUGAUAAUUUGAUAAGUAAUUGGUAAAGAAGAC